UUGCCUUCCAAGAUAGUUGUUGUUAUUAAGGAAAUAAAGAAAUAUUGUGAAAAAAAAUUAUUUAUAAUCUCAAAACUAAUGCUGGCUCAUUUUUAAUGUUAGAUUCAUAAGAAGUUCCAAAAUGUCUUGUCCUGCAGAACGACGUCUGAGGAAGGAAUUGCUUGAAUUACUUACAAACCCAAUGCCUGGAAUUUAUAUAGAUGAAGAGAAGGUAGCAAAGAAUAUCAACGAAUGGAUAGUCACAAUUGAGGGUGCUGAAAAGACAAUAUAUGAGGGCGAGACAUUUCAACUUCAAUUUAGUUUCAACGAGAAAUAUCCAUUCGAUUCGCCUACAGUCCUCUUUAUAGGUAAAAUUCCUGUACAUUCCCAUAUUUAUUCUAAUGGACACAUAUGUUUGAGUAUAUUAACCGAUGAUUGGACACCAGCUUUAUCUGUGGGAGCUGUUUGUUUGAGCAUUCGAAGUAUGUUGUCAUCGGCAACAAAAAAGGAACGACCACCUGAUGAUAUGAUUUACACCAGAACUUGUUCAAAAAAUCCUAAGAAAACGAAAUGGUUUUUUCAUGACGAUACAGUAUAAAUAUUGGAGCGAAUUGAGAUGAUUUUACCUACUAAAUUUUAUGUUUAUAGAUAUCUUUUUAACUACAUUAUCAAUUACCUUGAGAAAUCCUUAACAAACUACCUAUUGUAUUUUAAGUUAAUCAAUAAACUUGUUGUAACGUA